UCCGAACCAAAUAUUGUAAAGUGUUUCGUUUUCAGAUUAAAAAAUAACAGGUUGACUGACGUGACUGUAUUCACAUAUGCAGAGAGUUAGUGCUCAGAACUUUCACCUGCAUAAAGCGAAGAUAAUGUCGAGUACACUAGAUCUUCCAGACCAGUUCCAGUUGGUGGUGGUAGGAACUGGACUGGUGGAGAGUAUAGUUGCUGCUGCUGCGGCUAGGAUGGGACACACUGUACUGCAUAUAGAUACUGCAGGGUAUUAUGGAGGAGAUUUUGCAUCAUUUACACUUGAAGGUCUUGAUGUUUGGAUUAAAAGUAGCGAUGAAUCACAGGAAAACUCAAAACAAUCUGAUUCUUCUCCUGGUCAAUCUGAACAAUCUCCUGAUCAAUCUGAACCUUCUCCUGAUCAAUCUGAACAAUCUCCUGAUCAAUCUGAACCUUCUCCCGAAACCCCUGACCUCCCUGAACUAGGAAAAGGAGAAGAAUAUCUGAACCUGGGCAGUUUUAAAACGGUAGAAAACCUCCGUCAAACCUGGUUUGUUGAGACCAGCUCUCUUGGAAAUGAAAAACCCACGAACCCUGAUCUGAACCUAAAUCCUUCAGACCCCGAAACAUCUGAAUCCUUGAGUCCCAAAGCUGAAACAUCUGAAUCAAGUCUUAAAGCUAAUCCCUCAAAAGAAUCCAAAGUUUGGAGCAAAGAAACUCUGUUGAAAGAGUCUAGACGGUUUAAUAUAGACCUUACACCUCGUCUUCUUUAUGCGAGGGGAAGUAUGGUCGAACUACUAAUUAGUUCCAAUAUUGCCCGGUACACUGAGUUUAAGUCUGUUACAAGAGUUCUCACACAGAUAGAUGGAAGGUUGGAGCAUGUACCUAGCAGUAGAGCUGAUGUAUUCAGUACGAAACAUAUAUCUGUUGUUGAGAAAAGGAUUCUUAUGAAGUUUCUCUCUCUCUGCAUCUCAGAAAAGGAUGAAGAUAUAAUGAAAGGAAUGGAGGAGAAACCAUUUAGAGAGUUCUUGAAGCAUGAGAAGUUGACAGACAACCUGAUUCAUUUUGUUCUGUAUUCAAUAGCAAUGGUCAAACCUGAUACAAACACAGUUCAAGGAAUUCAACAAACUAGGAAGUUUUUAUCCAGUCUUGGACGGUUCGGCAGUACACCUUUCCUUUGGUCCAUGUAUGGUAGCGGAGAACUCCCGCAAGCAUUUUGCAGGUUAUGUGCAGUGUACGGUGGGGUUUACUACUUAGGCCGGGCUUUAGAUAAUAUAAUAAUUAAGGAUGGUAAAUGUAUUGGUGUUGUUGCUGGUGGCAAGCGUAUACUUUGUGAUUAUCUUGUUCUCCCAGAUACUCUUACUCCGGAUACAAUCCUUCCUUCGACCCUUCUCCAGGUUGGUACCCGGAGAAGUAUGUUUAUAACUGAAACCUCUCUACUCCCAUCAGAGAAGGAGCAAAUUACUCUACUCACCAUGCAAACACAGGAACCACUGCAUGUUAUUGAAGUGGGCCCCGGCACUGCCACUUGUCCUAAAGGAUUGCAGGUGGUUCAUGCUAGUUGUAAAGAUUGGGGGGAGGAGAUUGAAGAACGUGUAAGAGAAGUUCUACCGGAGAAAUCUAUUCUUUACUCUCUCUCUUUUAUUCAGAAAACAAGAACAGGUGAUGUUGGAACCACGCUGGAGAAUGUAUACCGAGCUGAAGGACCCUACCCUGAGUUAGACUUCGACACCUCCGUCCUUAGCGCGGAGCAGAUUUAUGCCCGGAUGUUCCCCGGGGAGGAGUUCCUGCCAAGGGCACCAGAUCCGGAAGAAAUUAUUAUUGGAGAAGAAAAUGAGGGAAAAAAUGAUAAUCAUGAUGAGAAAGUAACUGGAGAAAAUGCAGAUCAACCUGAUGAAACCGCAGAUAAACCAGAAGAAAAAAAGACUUCCAUCGAUGGGACCCCAUCUAGUUUGGAUAAUACAGCUGAACAUUCUGACAAAGAAGAAUCUACCAAAACUACUGCUGAUGGCUAAGAUGUGGCGUUAGUUCAAUUUGGCACAAACAGAUUCAAAUCUUUUAAAACUAUUUUUGUGAUAUUUUCUAUGGAUAUUAUUGUAUUACUUUCAAUGAAAGGAAAUGUGUAAGACGAAUUGCAUAGUGAGACAGCCCAGAAUUAAAACAAUAUUUUUGAUUUGAUUUAUUUAUUAUUUUCCAUCUUUGAUCCCCUGGACAGAAAAUGUCGAUAAUUUUAUAAAAUUAAACAUUUCAGGGUUGUCCAAUAAAUAAAGUCAUCCCACUUACCACCUUAUUCUUACAAUUAAGAAGGAGGUGGGAGAUUACUUCUAUUACUUAAUUUAUUUACAAUUUAAAUAUUUACAUCGUACACAGUGCUUUUUAGACUUUACACUCCAUUUGUGUAUAUUUUUAUGUGCUUUGCUCGUUAAGCCGAAAAUGGAAAUUUUCUUAAAAUUAAAAACCAACUGUUUCCCUGGAUUGUAAGUAAUGAAAACAAAAUAUAUAUGGAUGGGUUAAACAAGUGGUUCUCCUUAAAUGAGCAAUAUGUCUGAUUCACAAUGGGACCCAUAAAAACUUUAUAUGAUCAAGAAUGCGUGAGAUAGUCAUAAUUGGUUAACUUUCAAUAGUGGUUUCGUCUAUAAAUGACUUGGGGAUGGAAUUUGUAAAAGUUAAACAUUUUUCAAAUUAGAAAACUCGUUGACUGGUGGGUCACUUGAAAUCACAACGAUAAGUUAAAACAUUUCGAAUCGUUCAGAAGCGGAAUUUGUUUUCGAAUGAUAAAUAUAUGUUUGCAGAUCAUUUAAUAUUUUUAUUGAUAUUUAAUUAAUAUUUACUUUCCAG